AUGCUCCUCACAAUGAGCACCCCCAACCCGCGCUCAGCGGCAUUCACGAACGACCAGGGUCAGGCCCUCUUCAAAUGCGAGACACCCUCCACCGCGGGGCACAAGACCACGCGGAUAUACAAGAUCGCGCCGAACGCGGACGCGGACGACAUGCGCGAUCGUUUUGUGCUGUUCGCCGAGAUCGAGUGGCACGUCCUCGCCCCGUCGCGGUUCCGUUUCGACGGCAAGGAGGUCACCGCGAAGGAGUACAUGCAUGGACCGAAGAUCGGGAUUGGGUGGCACCGAUGCUUCACUGGGCCUGAUGGAAAGCCGUACAGGUGGGAGGCGGACAUCAAGGCACCACGCGGAUAUACAAGAUCGCGCCGAACGCGGACGCGGACGACAUGCGCGAUCUCCCAGCGCUCGGGCAAGGGAGCCAUAGGGAAGGCACAGCACGCGGGCUUGGAGGUGUUCGAGGAGGGCCGCCACAUGCUGGGCACUAUCGUGCUGACGUUCGUGUACAUGCUCAAGAUGUUUCAGGAGUACGAGGGCUCUGUGCAUUCCUCGAUGCUGGGUACUUAG